UGGGACUCCGACCUCCACCGAGAAACACCUCCACCACCACCACCACCACCACUACUACUACUACUACUACUACUUCUACUACUACUAAAUGCAUUCACCCAGUCCAAUCUCCACUUCCUUCCUCCUCCUCUUCUUCUUCUCCUCUUCCUCUCUCUCAUCGGAGGUUAUAGGAGGAGGAGGAGGAGGAGAACUGGGCAUCUUCUCUCAAUCUCCUCCUCUUCCUUCUUCUCUUCUUCUCUCCUCCUCCUCCUCCUCCUCCUCAAACUCUUCUCUAAUUCCACAUUCAAGAAGGAAGAGAUAUCUGGCUAUUCCUGUAGGUUCUAAUAUUGAGGUGAAAUGGUCAAUUAACUUCCCAUUCAACACCUUUACCCUCUACGAAGCUGCUGUCGCCCUGGCCAUCCCGAUAAAGAUUGCGAUACCCGAUUCUCUGGUUCUGGACGAAGAAUUAGCGUUCAGAAGGGAUCUACGCCAACUGGAUGAGAAUGAGAGGAAGGAGAUUAGGAGGAAGGAGGAUCGAAGGGAAAAAGCGUAUGUCUUCAAGUAUAUGGAACACGCGUUUUUGAAGGGUGGUUUGGCUGGCCGGAGCUGUGUUCUGCGCGCUAUCUGUGAGGUGGCCGAGGCGCCGUUCGCUGAAGGGAUGCUGGGGGAGAUGGUCAACAGUAUAUUUACCGCCUCACUAGCGGGCAAACCAACACAGCAGGAGGUGGAGGACGACCUGGAGGUGGAAGGUGGAUCUUACCUGGACUACCUGGAGGCGGAGGUGGAGGGGCAGGUGCGGGGGAGGUGUGGAGAGAGGUAUCCAAAGUGUGUUACCUCUCCCUUCGACAUCCUUCCCCAGCAUAUGAAAUCGCGCCCGCUGUGAGUGAUUGCCCUUAAAAACACCUCGUAGAUACCUUGUUUUAUAGAUGUGUGUUUGUGUGUGUUUGUGAAUGUGUGUUUGUUAGUGUUUGUGAAGGUGUGUUUGUUAGUGUUUGUGAAGGUGUGUUUGUAAGUGUUUGUGAAGGUGUGUUUGUUAGUGUUUGUGUGCGUGGAUUAGUGUGUGUGUGUGUGGGGGGGGGGGGGGGUGCUGUCUGUGUGCGUGGAUUGCCUGUUUGUUAAAGGUGUGUGUGUGUGUGUGUGUGUGUGUGUGUGUGUGUGUGUGUGUUAAGAAUACUGUAAAUCUAAUUGUAUCCAUUGACCUAAUCUCUAUGUAGUAGUAGUAGUAGUAGUAGUAGUAGUAGUAGUAGUAGUAGUAGUAGUAGUAACUUAUUAAUAUUUGUAAUAGUAGUUGUAAUAUCUAUUGUAAUUAAGUUGUAUUUGAAGUUAUUUAUAUUAUUAAUUAAUUUAUUUAUUUUAUUAUUUAAGUUUGUAUGUAAUUCUCUCUCUCUCUCUCUCUCUCUCUCUCUCUCUCUCUCUCUCUCUCUCUCUCUCUCUCUCUCUCUCUCUCUCUCUCUCUCUC